GUGGCCGCGCGCUCUCAGGUUUCUCUCUGCCGAUAAUGUCGUUUUCUCGACACACAAAGCCGCGCGCAAGUGAGUGUAAAAGACGUAGGUGUAGCAGCGCGAGGUGUAGAUGAGGCGCCGCUACAACCGCUCGGCGAGCCCCGUGAAAUCAAAUAUCAAAUGCAGCGGUACCGUACUCGGCUCGGUUAGUCCGGCCGUCCGUGGAAUUUCGAGCCUCUCUCCGCGUUUCCUGAACGAUUCGAGAACAGCGAUGGACGAUGAGUGCAACACGACGAUCAAGGAGACGUUCCAGGAGCCGCGGAAGAGGUUCUGGCUGAGAUCGAGGAAGCGGCUGAAGAGCGACGCGAUGAGCGUCAGCUCGAUGGACAUAUCCAUGGAGUCCGACAUGGGCAAGAAGAAGAAGCGUCGCAGAAUCACGGAGGUCGCCAGCAGCAUAUUUUCCGCCUCUGCAGCGGGCAAAUCGGGAAGCGUCCUGCACAGAUCCUUCACGAUCCAGCCGAACUCCUCGGAUCUGUCCGUCGUCGAGAACGAAGCGGACACGAGGACGCUGCGCAAAAAAUUGAACAACGCUACCGAGAGCUGCAGCAAUUUGACGAUCAGGAGUUGGGUGUCGGAUAUCGCGCAGCCGCGCGGUAAGGAGCGACUUAACAGCGUAUUGAGUCGGAACGAGAUCAGGCGGCAAGAGGCCAUUUACGAGUUGUACUGCGGCGAAAAUGUGCUGCUGAACGAGCUCUGCAUGCUGAGAGACUUCUAUUACGAACCGAUGUCAACCGCCGAGAUCUUUAACACCGAGGAGCUGUCCACGCUUUUUGGCGAUCUUGCAAAUCUCAUCGAGAUACACAGUAACCUGAGAGACGAAUUGUUCAAGUUGCGGGAUAGAUACGGGUUCACAGAGGCUGUGGGACCAACGCUAUUAAAUUGGCUGUCAACGUUGAAGAAACCAUAUCUGGAAAGGUGCAGAACGUUAGUUUGGGCGAGACAUUUAUUAGAGGAGAAGAGGUUUACCAACAAGAGGUUCCAGUCAUUUCUAAAGAAACGCCUAGAAUCACCGCAUUCCACUGACCUGUGGACUUACCUGGACGUGCCGCGCUCAAGAAUCGUCAAGUAUCCGUUGUUGGUUAAGGAGAUCUUAAAAUAUACACCCGCUAGCGAUGCGGAUCAUUUACCGCUGAGAGAGGCGAGUGACUUGCUGUCCGGUUUGCUGAAGGAUAUCGAUCGCAUUAUGGGCGACGCCGAGUGCGAGCUUGCUCAGUCGAAGAUAAACGUGAAGAUCGAGCACGAUCCUGAAAAGUGCAUCGCCAACGCCACGGAAUUGAUUACAGAGGGCCAGCUGAAAGAUAUUCGUGGAGUAAAAUAUCACUGCUUUCUUUUCGACACUUGCUUCGCGAUAACUCGCCCCACACGGCGCGUUUCCAAAAAGUACACUCUACUCUUCCCCGUCAUACCUAAGGAACAGAUGUGUGUGCAAGUGGAAGAUAAAAAUCCCGCCGAAAUCUGCUGCAAGAUCGGAGAAUUUUCCUUCGUGAUGGAAGACGGGCACAAAAAGAGACACUGGGUCGAUUCGUUCAACAAGAUACACUCUAGAUGCACUUCGGAUAAAGCGUUUAACGCCGACGACAAGGAAAACUUGUUGAACAACACAGAGUUAUCGGUGCCAGAUAAUUGCGUUGCGAGGACGUCGAUAUCCAGGAGAACCUCCACAAGCAGCAUACACGACAACCUAUUUUCCUUUUCCAUAAGGAAGAGUCUGCUUAAGCAGAAGCGCAACAGUAUUGGAUAUAUAUAGUAAAAGCUCAUUCAUCUUUUGUCUCUUCAAUAAGAAGCAUUCUUGUUGGCACACUGCUUGACAAAAGUCUGAGCACAGCCCUUAAAAGCAGUGUUAUAUUAUAAAUAAAUUACAUUGUCACGUUUCAUCAGAUUACCUUGCAAAGAUGGAAUAACAUGGUUUGCAUCGGAAACCGAAACAAAAGCUUGCACGUAGCGACUCGACCUUCAUUCUCAACGCUUCGUUUAAGUCAUUCUUUUGAUGUCAUAUAUUUUCGGUACGUUUUCUACGGUCAGUAGAAACAUACGCCAGUGUGUAUUUUGCAGCCAGAGGUUUGAUCUUUAUUUAUUCAGAAAAUGUGUGAUCAAACUUUCGUCAAGCAGUACAUAUUAGUACAAAAAUUCCAAAUUAAUAUAACAAGAAUUAUUCUUAUUUAUGUUGCAAUCUUUGCGAGAUUUGUUUUACGAGUUGAAAAUUGUCAAUAAUUGAAAUUUUUCGAAAUAGCAAUGCAUUACACAUUCCAGUACAACAGUGAUAUAAAUUUAGAUUCGGUUUAUUUGUAUUUAUAUGUAAAUGAAGAAAUUAACGCGUGCAUUUACGGUCUCCAGUGACCAUGUGCUAAAAUGAAUUUAUGUAUAUGUCGUAAAAGUUGAUUUUUACCUUUCCAGGAAUUUUAUCCGCAUUGAUGUUUUUCGGUAAUUAACUUUAUUAAGGAAGAGCAACUUACACGUACGUGUAUACAUACAUGCUGGAAAAAGCAUGGCCUAAAAAUAAUGUAAUAUAUAUAUGUACAAAUGUUAUAUCUAUCUCAAAAUAUUCACGGGAAGUCAGUCUUUUAUAUUUAUAGUUAUAUGCGUUCAUUUUGUAUUGAACAUAUAUAUUUAAAUGGUAAGUGGAAUUUAUAUACAAAUUUUUUUACAAUAAACUAAUGAAAUAUAGUGACUUGAA